AUGAGUGGUGAUGCACCAGAACACAGCCGGGAGAGCAGGCCGGGUGACUAUCUAGACUUUGAACGUCGUCCUCCGGGCGGACCUUUGAACCGCUGGUCAUCCAAGAUCACAACGGGCCAUGACUUUCCAGGCGCUCAGGCAAUGCUGUACGCGGCAGGCGUGCCGGACAAGGAGACCAUGAAGAAUGCUCCUCACGUCGGCGUCGCCACCGUCUGGUGGGAGGGCAACCCAUGCAACACCCACUUGUAUGAUCUCGGCAGGAUCGUAAAAAAGAGCGUCGAGAAGCAGAACAUGCUGGCCUGGCAGUAUAGCACCAUUGGCGUGUCGGAUGGCAUCACCAUGGGUGGCGAAGGAAUGCGCUUCUCUCUACAGUCCCGCGAGAUCAUAGCCGACAGUAUAGAGACUGUCACUUGCGCACAGCACCAUGACGCCAACAUUGCUAUCCCGGGGUGCGACAAGAACAUGCCCGGCGUUAUCAUGGCUGCUGCCCGCCACAACCGUCCCUUCCUCAUGAUCUAUGGCGGCACCAUCAACAAGGGCUACUCGGUCAUGCUGGGUCGCGAUAUUAACAUCUCGUCCUGCUACGAGGCUUCAGCGUGCGCCAGCGCGCCCAAGGUCAACAACGCCGACCCCACCCCCUCGGACGUCAUGGAAGACCUGGAGCGUCACGCAUGCCCAAGUGCUGGGGCUUGUGGUGGAAUGUACACGGCCAACACCAUGUCGACCGCCAUCGAGGCCAUGGGUCUCUGUCUGCCUGGCAGCUCGUCGUAUCCGGCGACGUCGGCCGAAAAGGCACGCGAAUGUGAACGCGCUGCCGAGGCGAUCAAGACCGCCAUGGAGAAGGACAUUCGACCGCGGGAUCUGCUCACCCGUACCGCUUUCGAGAACGCCUUGGUCUUGACCAUGGUCCUCGGUGGCAGCACCAACGGAGUUUUGCACUUCCUCGCAAUGGCCAACACCGCAGACGUUCCGCUGACCAUCGAUGACAUUCAGCGCACCAGCAACCGCAUCCCCAUGCUAGCCAACAUGCAACCCAGCGGCCGCUACAUGAUGGAGGACCUGUACCGCGUCGGAGGCACCCCGUCCGUGCUCAAGAUGCUUAUCGCCGCAGGGUUGAUCGACGGCACGAUCCCGACGGUGACGGGUAAAACCCUCGCCGAGAACGUCGAGUCCUGGCCGUCCCUCGACCCCGGGCAGGACAUUAUCCGCCCGCUCUCGGACCCCGUCAAGGCCACGGGACACAUUCGCAUCCUGCGCGGCAACCUGGCCCCCGGCGGCGCCGUGGCCAAAAUCACUGGCAAGGAGGGUAUUUCCUUUACAGGCCGGGCACGCGUCUUCAACAAGGAGCACGAGCUGGAUCACGCCCUGUCCACGAGCCAGAUCAAGGCGAGCGACGGCAACCUCGUCGUCAUUGUGCGCUACGAGGGCCCCAAGGGCGGACCGGGCAUGCCCGAGCAACUGCGCGCCUCGGCAGCCAUCAUGGGCGCCGGCCUCUCCAACGUCGCCCUCGUAACGGACGGCCGCUACAGCGGCGCCAGCCACGGAUUCAUCGUCGGCCACGUCGUGCCCGAGGCUGCCACCGGUGGGCCCAUCGGGCUGGUCAAGGACGGUGACUUUGUGCGCAUCGAUGCCGAGACCAACAGGAUCGACAUUAUAGGCAUCGACGGCGUUGCGGCCGAGGGCGAUCUGGACGCCGUCGACAAGGAGCUGGAGAGGCGCAGGGCCGAGUGGAAGAAGCCUGUCAUGAAGCCGCUGAGGGGUGUCCUGGCCAAGUAUGCGAGGUUGGUCGGUGACGCGAGCCACGGUGCUGUGACGGAUCAGGAGGACCCGAGCUGGUGA